CACACAAGCUCCUCUUCUCAUUUACUUAUUAAUAUCCACAAAAGUCAUGGAAGAAGUUAACGUGGUUCAAACGAACGAAGGAUGGAACUGUUACAGUAGCUUCUGUGUUUCCCGGACAUCAGGAAGGUAAUGUUUGUAAAGUAUUUACAUAUUCAUCCAUUGAGGUUGGAAUUUGAUAAAUAUAAUGUUUGUGAAUUUACUAUGAUUUGUGUUGCAUAGCUAUACAGCAGAGAGACCACAAAUUCUUAAGGAUUGCUGUUGAAGAAGCUUAUAAAGGGGUAGAGUGUGGAGAUGGUGGUCCUUUUGGUGUUAUCAUAGUUUGUAACGAUGAAGUAGUUUCUUGUUGUCACAACAUGGUGCUCAGGAACACAGAUCCCACUGCUCAUGCAGAAGUCACUGCAAUAAGAAAGGCUUGUGAAAAUCUGAACAAGAUAGAACUUUCUGACUGUGAAAUUUAUGCUUCUUGCGAACCUUGCCCAAUGUGCUUUGGAGCAAUCCACCUCUCACGAGUUAAGAGGUUGGUUUAUGGAGCGAAAGCAGAGGCAGCAAUUGCGGUUGGGUUUGAUGACUUCAUUUCAGAUGCAUUGAGAGGCACUGGAUUCUAUCAGAAAGCACAAUUGGAGAUUAAAAGAGUUGAUGGAAAAGAGGGUAACAUUGCUGAAGAAGUUUUUGAGAAAACAAAGGAAAAGUUUCGAAUGUUUUGAAUUUCCAUGUUUCCUGUACCUUAAUAUGUGAAUUUUUAUUUCAUAUAAAUAAUUUUGUUGC